AUGCCGCUGGACGGCGUCAAGAAUAUAGUCCUGGUCCUCUCCGGGAAAGGCGGAGUGGGAAAAUCAUCAGUCACGCUCCAACUUGCGCUCUCCCUAACACUUCAAGGACGAUCAGUUUGCAUCCUGGAUAUUGACCUUACCGGGCCCUCGAUGCCACGGCUGGUUGGCAAGGAAGAUGCAAAAAUUGUACAAGCUCCUGGUGGUUGGGUGCCUGUCACUGUGUAUCCUGCCUCAGAUCCAACGACCAACAUAAAAAAUACGACCACAUCUACGGCCGACAAGCUGCAUGAAGAAGAUCAAGAAAGCAACACCCCUCGUUCUCACAGUUCCCUCCGAUGUAUGUCUUUAGGUUUCCUGCUCCGAGAUCGAGGCGACGCAGUGAUAUGGCGUGGGCCAAAGAAGACAGCCAUGAUCCGUCAAUUUGUAUCAGACGUCAUUUGGGGGGAAACAGACUAUCUACUGAUAGACACACCUCCGGGAACGAGUGAUGAACACAUCGCAAUUGCUGAACAGCUGCUAAGCCAAGCCACCACUGCCUCCAACCCUGAACCAUCACAGCCGCGACUCGCUGGUGCUGUUCUGGUCACCACCCCUCAAGCAGUGGCUAUCUCUGAUGUGCGGAAAGGCGUCAACUUUUGCGCCAAAACAAACAUUCCCGUUCUUGGUGUUAUAGAGAACAUGUCGGGAUAUACCUGUCCGUGCUGCGGCGAGGUAAGCAAUGUUUUCUCCAGAGGAGGGGGGAAGGUGAUGGCCGAAGAUAUGGGGAUAAGGUUCUUGGGUGCUGUUCCGAUUGAUGUAGGUUUUGGAGAGCUGAUUGAAGGCAGCCGGGUGAGUGCGGGCAAGCAAAAUGGGGAACAAGAAUCGGGGCAGAAUGGUAGCCAUUCUGGAGAGCAGCCUGGUUCGUUGGUGGAAAGAUAUCAAAAGUGUUGGUCCCUAUCGACCUUUGAAACGUUUGCGAAAGAGGUGAUCCAGCUGGUGGAGGAGCCUACUUCUUGA